ACAAUCCAUACAGAUAAGUCAUAGAUUUUGGCUGCAAUAAUGCAUUGUAUACAUUUGUGUUUCAGGAGCAGUUGAUUAUUAUCAUUUUUCUGAUAUCUGAUAACUUGAUAGGUUGAAUAACUUGAAUUGCUUAGCCUUAGACUAUGCAUCUUUUCUUUUAAAGAUGAGAUGAAAUAAAAUCAUGAGAAGCCCUUGUUUUCAUUUAAUUAAGCUUAACACGCAGCUUGGAAACCUUGGAAAUCCCAAUUUUGGAAAGAUUUCUGGACCACUUGUUGGUUCCCACCAUACUAGUAGAACCUGAUAAUAAUAUUAAUCUAUUGUUGUGUAUACAUGAAUAGAUUGGUGGUUACUAGGUGUAUUAUGUGUAUACUUCCUCUGUACUUGAGCUAUGCCUUCUUUUAUCAAAAAAGUUUUACUUUUACAUAUAAUCUAUUGUUGUUGGACAUACUGGAUUUUACAAAAUGUAAUGUAGUUUCAAAUCAUAUCAUUGGCUCCUCUGAGAGUCUUCGUCUAAUUUAUUAUUUUUCUUUACAAGGUAUCUACGUCAAAAGAGAAUUUGCUGAGGAGGCCAAAAUAGGUUUUGAUAGGGGAGAAUCUUUUAUGUCAAAACUGUUUGAGUUGUGUGUGUGUGUGUGUGUGUGUGUGUCACGCGGCUUUGUUACAUAAACGUUCGGGCAUGAUGUUUGUCACUGGGUUUUCUUUACUUAUAUCCAAAGAGAUUCAGAUUUACGUUCAAAUUCAGAAACUGGAUUUUAAGUUUCCUCUAUCAGUAUCAUGUGUUCAUUUCAUUUGCUCGGCCAUUGGAGCGUACCUCAUGAUUAAGGUGCUGAAGCUUAAACCACUAAUAGCAGUUGAUCCUGAAGAUCGCUGGAGGAGAAUAUUUCCCAUGUCAUUUGUGUUCUGUAUAAACAUUGUUUUGGGGAAUGUGAGCCUACGUUACAUCCCAGUUUCGUUUAUGCAAACAAUUAAAUCGUUCACUCCAGCUACUACAGUUGUUUUGCAGUGGCUUGUUUGGAGAAAGUACUUCGACUUGCGAAUAUGGUUUUCUCUGGUACCCAUUGUUGGAGGAAUUCUUCUUACAUCUGUUACGGAGCUUAGUUUUAAUAUGUUUGGAUUCUGUGCUGCCUUAUUUGGCUGUCUCGCUACUUCCACAAAAACUAUCCUUGCAGAGUCUCUGUUGCAUGGAUACAAAUUUGACAGCAUAAACACGGUGUACUACAUGGCACCUUUUGCAACCAUGAUCUUGGCAAUACCUGCAAUGCUACUCGAAGGUAAUGGGGUAUUGGAAUGGCUUCACACCCACCAAUCUGUUUGUUCAUCCCUCAUAAUUAUCUUCAGCUCUGGGGUGAUGGCUUUCUGUCUUAACUUCUCCAUCUUUUACGUGAUUCACUCCACAACUGCUGUCACAUUUAACGUUGCUGGAAACCUGAAGGUUGCAGUUGCUGUUCUCGUAUCAUGGCUGAUAUUCCGAAACCCGAUUUCAGGUUUGAAUGCCGUUGGAUGUGCAAUAACACUUGUUGGAUGUACAUUCUACGGAUAUGUGCGACACAUGCUCUCACAACAGCCACCGGGUACCCCUCAAACACCCCGGACUCCACGGAAUCUGAUCGAGCUGCUUCCUCUUGUAAAUGAUAAAAUAGAUGAUAAAGUCUGAUGCUGAGGUGAAUUUGAAUGUGAGGUUAUUUGCAGGGGAUAUAUAUAAUAGGGGGACUAAAAAAGGUACAUAAAAGUAAAAGAGAAACUUCACACUUUGUUGUGUAAACGUGCAUUUCACUUGAAAUUUUUUAACUUAAUGCUCUUUUUUCCGGUCA